AUGAGAAUCAUCACUCUGCUUGGUCUUCCCAUUGCGGCUGCUCUCGCUGGUGCAGUAUCCUUCAAGGGCUGUCAGCACAAGGUGAAAGAGAGCAUCCAUGGUCCGCCACGCGGAUGGUACAAGCAUGCUCCCGCGCCCAAGCAUCACAUGCUCGAGCUCAAGAUCGCUCUGCCUCAGCCCAAAUUCCCGGAACUCGAGCAGCACCUCUGGGAAAUAAGCGACCCGAGCCACCCACGUUAUGGGGCGCACCUGUCGAAGCAGGAGACCGAAGCACUCAUGGCUCCCCAUCCUGAGACUCUGGAUGUGGUCAGCGAAUGGCUUGCCUUACACGGCCUGGUGAAAGAAGACGUCAUCCGUUCAUCUGCAAACGAUUGGGUCACUAUCCGUGUCCCAGUCGGCCUUGCAGAAGAGAUGCUGGAUACCACAUACCAUAUCUACAAGCAUACUCGGACUGGAGACAGCAUCGUCCGGACGACGAGUUAUAGUCUCCCCGAGGUAUUGCACGACCACAUCGAUCUCAUCCAGCCUACGACCAUGUUCGCCCGUUUCAAGGCGUUGACGAGCACGCUGCACUGGGCUAACCAGGUGCAGCCUACGGUCUUGAGCGCAUCCGGCGGAACGAUCACAGGGCCAGCAGGUAAUCAGGUUGAUGCAAAUUGCAACAGCACGGUCACGGUCUCAUGCUUGAGGCAGUUGUAUAAUGCGGUGGAUUACAAGACAUCUGCCACAAACUGCAACAAGCUGGGUCUCACUGGUUAUCUUGAGCAAUAUGCCAACGACGUGGACCUCCAGAAAUUCUACCAGCUCCAAAAUCCAUCUGCUUAUGGUUCAAACUACACUUUUGUUUCCAUUAACGGUGGAACGAACAACCAGAGCUAUCUGGCGGCAGGUCUCGAGGCUAACCUUGACACUCAGUUCGGAUUUGGCCUCACCUGGCCUACUCCUGGCACGUUCUACUCGACCGGUGGCAAGCCCCCUUUCGACCCUGAUACCGCCACGGCGACUAAUACAAACGAGCCUUACUCAUACUGGCUUGAACACGUUCUUUCACACGAUACAAUUCCUCAGUCUAUCUCUACCAGUUACGCUGACGACGAACAGAGCGUCCCGUACACCUACGCGACCCGCAUUUGCGCCGGCAUGGCAGCUCUCGGUGCUCGUGGAGUCUCUCUGAUGUUCGCCUCUGGUGAUCAUGGUGUUGGUGAUGGUAAUGCCAACCCUGCCACACAAAGGUGCUACUCCAAUGACGGGCGUAAUAUCACGAAAUUCAUACCUUCUUUCCCUGCUUCCUGCCCAUACGUGACUGCUGUUGGUGGUACUUCCAAUAUCCCAGAGACUGCCGUAUUAUUCUCGGGUGGUGGCUUCAGCAACUAUGUGAGCAACUUCAUCCCACCAACAAGUCGCUUCCACCAGUUCGCUCGUCCUGCAUACCAAGAUGCUGCCGUCUCAAAGUACUUGGAAAAACUCGCUCCCGGAACCUAUGAGGGCCUUUACAAUUCCUCCGGGCGUGUAAGCGACCUCUUCCGCAUGCAUACCCCGACGUGGCAGGCGCAAGCGAACAACUUCUCCGUCGUCUACCAAGGCAAGAACACUCCAGUAGCUGGUACAUCCUGUUCUGCGCCCACAUUCGCUGCGUUCGUGUCCAUGCUGAACGACGCACGCAUCAAUGCUGGAAAGGCCCCUCUUGGUUUUCUGAACCCGUUCCUAUAUUCCAUUGGCUACAAGGCAUUAAAUGAUAUCAUCCAUGGCAAAAACCCAGGGUGUGGAACCGAGGGAUUUGAUGCCACGGGUGGAUGGGAUCCUGUCACUGGGCAUGGCACACCCAACUUCCAGAAGUUGAAGGCCCUGGUCUUGGCCAUGCCUUGA